AUAUGCGCUCCUAUACUUAUAUAACACCAUCGCAUCUUUGACCACACUCUGGCAUCUAUCUAAAAACCUUCAGCAAUGCCUGUUCGUACGAGCCUCGGUUACAUGGAAAAAACCGAAAUCUCUAGUCGUCCGUCGGGGCGCGUUCCCAACAACGCUCAACGAUGGCGGCUCCCCAUUUGUCCCCUUCCUCGCCACCUCUCUCCGUUCACAACACCUUUGUAAAAUUUUGUUCUUUUUUUGCCAGUUCAUUUGAUGCUGCCACUCGUCUUCGUCAAACUCUCGUCCGUUGUGCAUCUGAAACUGGGUUCAAUUGUCUGGGCGUCGAGGACGGGGCCGGGCUUAUUGAUGUUAGGUUGGUCAGAUCAGCCUGCAAACUCGAGCUCUUAUUCUUCCGAACAUCUCCGUAACGGGCCACAGGUACUCUCCACAAAAUUUUCUUCGAUUGGAUUAUACCGCUUCCCCGUCUAUCAGCUCCAUACCGUGAAGAUGAAUGGUAAAAGUUCAGGAGUUGCUGCUUACCCAGAAAUUUCCCAGAACAUAUAUGUCUCCGAAGUUGGCUUCCUCGAUCAUCUACACGCACGGAGCGUUUGAUCCCGCGGAUCCAAUCGCGUCGACGCCAUGUGCGCACUCCACUCGAGCUCCAAGCAGUACGGCUCACCCCCACAAGUGCCGUUCUGGAUCUUGAGCUUUCGCAAUUCGACAAUGACUAUCUUCCGUUUUUCAAGGUCUGGCUUGGGGAGACUAAUUUUUCAUAUAUACCACCAUCUACAUGAUAAACCCCAGCGGCUCGGUGCAGGCCAAAAAUGCAUCCAUG